AUGAAUCAGCGCAUACUUCCUAUCCUCACUCAAGACGAUAUUCCUUCGAGUUUGCUCUGGUUGGUACGUGUUCUAGAGACGCAUCAGCCUCUUGUUUUUCUGCCAAGUGAAGGUUCCGAGCCACUAGCGGAAAUCUGCCAGAUAUUAGGUUUCAUACCAUCUCGGUUAUCCAGAGCGAGUGCCUUUAAUUCCAGCGACGUAAUCCCACAGCUUUUACGUAUGUAUCCACAGCUCACAAUGGAGGAAAUCUCAUCUCGUUUCAACUUAAAUCACAAGGCUAUGCUGUCCGCCAUGUCUGCUUUACUCAGGUACGCCUCCCUAGUACAGUCCAAUAUUCACAAUAUUGUGGAACGGAUGCCCUGUGGCAUUAUGUACAUAGACGCGGCAGCGACUCAAUGGCUGCAGCUAACCCGAACGGAACGUCAUCCGUGCGCAUAUCAGGGUAUUGGUCAGCCAAAGGAGGGCCUUUCUUUGUUUAGUGUUGUGAACCAGACAGUGAGUGUGUUUGGGCGCUCUCUUCUUCGGCAAUGGUUUGCCCUACCCAGCUGCGAUUUGGACGAACUGCAACAGCGACAGCAGGUGGUGCGAUAUUUCUCAGCGGUCAUUUGUCGGGAGACUCUGCAGCAGAUACGUUGCGCACUCAAAAAAAUCCACCCAACAGAUCCUGCAUUUACGCUUAUGCGACGCGGCAAAGCGACACUGAGGCACUAUCGUCUGUUAUUGCAGACUAUGCACGGGCUCAUUGCCUUGCAUGCCCUUCUUUUCCCCAUAGCCCAUGAGGUAGAUUUCUUGCGAAAUCUAAUAAAUAGUUUUAACGUGGAAUCGAUACAAAACAUGGCCUCGACCUUGGAAAAUUCGGUAUUUUGUAUUCUUCAGAGCGCACAGACGAGUCGUGAUUCCAACCACAGACGUAAUAGCAUGACAGAUGAACAGAGGGGCGAUAAUUUCCUAUAUCAUGUUGCUUGCAUGGUGAACCGUGAUCCUUUUAAAAUUCACUGUUAUGCAGUAACCCUUCAAUGGGGCGUCGAUGGCGUACUAGAUGAGCUGCGGGAGCAUUACGCCUAUCUGCCAUCUAUUCUUGAGCAAAAGGCUAAGGAAAGUGAAAUGGAGCUGUUGAGGGAUAUGAGCCCCAUUGAUGCUCACAUUCGAAGGGUAUUGCGCACUCUCCGGUGUAUCCAAAUAGAAUCUCUUGGCUAUGUUCUAUGCGUCGAUGAGCAAGCCUUCCUUUCAUCUCUGUCACAGUUCUUGGGCGCAGGAAAAACAGGGGUUGCAAAUGUUCAGGGUUCAUGUGACCCCACGCUUCACUCUCCUAUGGCCUCGAGUGCUAAUAUAGAUAGACACUGCCUAGCCUCGACAAACUCAGAUGAAGAAAUAGUAGGCUACUUUUGCAGGAUGUACGGUUGGGAGCAUGUAAAAACUUCUGAAGGAUUACUUUACUUCAAAACAAGCAAGAUGAGGGAACUCGACACUUACGUUGGUGACCUCUUGCAGCGUAUGGUCAUGCGCGAAAACGAUGUUCGACGCGAGUUGGAGGAGGAGCUGCUGAGGUGCUCUUUAGAUUUGCUGACUCCAGCACGACCACUGGCAGAGCUAGACUGUCUUCUAAGCUUUGCGUAUUGUGCAACGGAGUACCAGUGGGUCUGCCCGAAGCUUGUCAGGAAACGCGGCCUGGUGCAUAUUGUAGACGGGUGGCAUCCCCUUCUUCAACACGUCCUUCGUGGCAAUGAGCUUGUUCCCUUUACUUUUUCUUCAAGUGACGCAAGUGAGCAAGUCUGUGUUGUGACUGGUGGGAGUGGCAGUGGCAAGUCUGCGUUGAUCAGUGCCAUUGCACAAAUUGUCAUUCUUGCCCAACUAGGCUCCUUUGUACCCUCGCGUCAGGCUACGCUUGGGCUCUUCGGUUACAUCUUCACCUGCAAUGCUACAGACGUGGUUCUAGGACAGCUUUCAAGCUUUCAGUCUGAAUGCUUUAAGAUGAAUCGCAUAUUGCGCCAUUGUGCCUACGAGCGGGUUGCCGCCGAAGCUGCUGUUAGCGAAGCUAUAAGAGAACCAAUUAAGGAGUGUGGGGAAAAGGAUGGCAGGCGCGAAACUGGAAAUAUGGAAUUGGGUGCUGAAUCCCAACCUUGCGAUACCACUACGACUUUAGGUGUUAGUUCUGCGCCGGGACACCAUUUGAUGGGGACACUGAUACUCAUAGAUGACAUAGGUCGGGGCACAACACCUCAUGAUGCUAUGGCACUUCUUGGGGCUGUUUUGCGUUACUUGGCCGGAUUAAAAGUAUCCCAUCAGGAUGCCGAGCAUGCUGAAAAUGAAGGUGGCUGUAUUUCUGAGAUCCAUGUAGGAUAUCCUCGUGAUAAGUCGGAGGUUGUCUGCUCAACUGUGCUCUGUGCGACCCGUUUUUAUGAGCUUAUGUAUGUCGGUCAGCAAUAUAUUAUCAAUAAAGGAAUGCACACAAAAAUGUCCGUCUGUAAUAGCGCUGAUAUAAAUGAAGAUGAGCUGCUAUGUUCUGAGUUACUUCGUUUUCCUUUUGAACGAAUCACUUUUUACGAUUUACCAUGCUUGGCGAUGUAUCCAGACGAGAAAAAGGUCCAGCACUUCCGUAUGGAGCACGAAGCAGAUGAAAAGGCAGCCGUUUGUGUGGAAAGUGCGUCGUGCAGUAAUCAGCAUGAGGGGAAAGAAGCGGAUAAGGGCGAGCUCCCAAUCGAUGUAGUGCCAACGUAUCAGCCAUAUAAAGUAAUCGUUAAGUCUGAUCAACAUCAGAGGUGCUACAAUCCUUAUAAAGGAAAUCGUUUGUACGGUGGUGUAGCCAUGGCUCAACGGCAUAACCUCCUGCCCUCCCUGCUAGCCUAUUGGAGAGAGGGAUUAAAAGUUAUGUCUUCAUCUCUGCGCUGA